UUUGCCUUCUACUUUUUGUUGGGACCUGGGAGAGAACGUUAUCUUGCAGAGGUAGUAACGAGGUGUGGGGGGGGGAAAGAAGAAAGAUAAACAAGUCACAAACCAUGGAAAUGUACGAGAUAGCUGUUUAGUCGUCUACAAUGCAAGCGGACGUGCUUUCACCGUGAAUUCAUACGAGGAGGAUUUUGUGUGGUAGCGUAACCCUCCCUCUCCUCCAUCAUGCUGAGUUUCCUGCGCAGGACGCUGGGGCGACGCUCCAUCCGAAAACAUGCAGAGAAAACUCGGUUACGGGAGGCCCAGCGUGCCACGACGCACAUCCCUGCUGCUGGGAAUGCAAAUUCUAUCAUCACCUGCCGUGUAUCCUUACUGGACGGGACAGACGUCAGCGUUGACCUGCCGAAAAAAGCCAAAGGUGAGGAGCUAUUUGACCAGAUCAUGUACCAUCUGGACAUCAUAGAGAAAGACUACUUCGGACUGCGCUUUAUGGACUCUGCACAAGUGCCGCACUGGCUUGAUGUCACAAAAAGUAUCAAAAAGCAAGUGAAAAUUGGCCCACCAUACUGUCUUCACUUGAGAGUUAAGUUUUACUCCUCGGAACCGAACAACCUGCAUGAGGAGCUUACCAGAUACCUAUUUGUGUUACAGUUAAAGCAAGACAUCCUCAGUGGCAAGCUAGAAUGUCCAUUUGACACAGCGGUGGAGUUGGCUGCCUUUUCGAUACAGGCUGAACUAGGUGAUUGUGACCCAUUAGAGCAUAAUCUGGAACUGGUAUCAGAAUUUCGCUUUGCCCCCAACCAGACCGAGGACAUGGAGCUAGCAAUAUACAACACAUGGAAGGAAUGCAGAGGUCAGAUGCCAUCCCAAGCUGAAAUUAAUUACCUGAAUAAAGCCAAGUGGCUAGAAAUGUAUGGGGUGGACAUGCAUAUGGUCAAGGCAAGAGAUGGUAAUGAGUACAGUCUGGGUUUGACACCCACUGGAGUUUUAGUGUUUGAAGGAGAAACCAAGAUAGGGCUCUUCUUCUGGCCCAAGAUCACUUGCCUGGAUUUCAAGAAGAGCAAACUGACGCUUGUGGUAGUGGAGGAUGAUGACCAGGGCAAAGAACAGGAGCACACUUUUGUCUUCAGGAUGGACCACCCCAAGGCCUGUAAGCACCUCUGGAAGUGUGCUGUGGAACACCAUGCUUUCUUUAGGCUGAGAGGGCCGGUACAUAAGAACUCUGCACGCUCUGGAUUCAUACGUAUGGGAUCACGCUUCAGAUACAGUGGAAAGACAGAGUAUCAGACAACCAAGGCAAAUAAGGCAAGGCGGUCAUCUUCCUUUGAGAGAAGGCCCAGUCGACGUUACUCCAGAAGAACAAUGCUGAACCGAGGAACAUACCAUCCCCAGGAUGUUCUUUCCUCAGGCAAUGGAGUCAGCUCUAGCAAAGGCAACAAGGCUUCUCCCAGUAGAGGUGCCUGGUCGGCUGUGCCAGUGGUCAGCCCAGUAGCUGCUUCUGCCUGUGCACCGAUGGAAAUCGAGGCUCUACCCAGGAGUCCUGGAGGAGAAAAGAGGAGUCUGCCCAUGGUUGCUGACCUGAUGGAGACGUGCAUUGAUGAUGUCCUCAGGGCUCCUGGCGUUCCCUCAGUGGCAGCUACAGACGAGGCUGGACCAAGCAACGCCUUUGCUACCCCCAGUGUCACCGGGGAAGAUGUUCUCGGCCUCGCUGAAGCAGCAGCUCGUCUGAAGCAGCUGGAGUUGGAGAGCAAUCCGCUUCUUGGUACUCCAAAAAAUAACAUCAAUGUCAAUAUGGUAAUGAAUAAUCAGGAAGAUGUUGUGAAGCUCACGGAGAAGUGUGGUCUGAGCAGUACAGGCAGUAGUCCAGUUGUCACUCCACUGUGCACCCCAGAGGAUCUGAAGAGUAACAUCCUGAAAGCACAAGCCGAGGCUGCUGCCCUCAAGGGAUCUUUGGAGGAACACGUCGUAAUUGUUGGAGAUAAGAACUGUAACUUGCAGGAGGCCUCUGCCAGGUUAAAGGUGCGUACCGGGCGAACGGGCAGUAACUCGUCUCUGUCCGUUAGUGGUCGCUCUGACAUCCAAGACUCCCGGGACCUGUUCAAGCCAGCCUCACUGGUCUCAUCAGCAGGGGCUAGUGUCGAGAGGCUAGCUGAAGAUGGACACCCCUCUGUUCCCAAGAUGCCCUCUGAGUCUGCCAACGAAAGCAUGGCACCAAAGGUUAAAGCAGAGGAAGUUGACGUGCAAAACACCGCCCCACUGUCUGACAACCUGAUUGAUUUCACCGAUCCAACUCCUAUGCUACCACCAGUGCCCAAACCUCUUAUCACACCUCGCUGGAUCAUUCCUACAACUGCUCCUCCUGGCGUCUUUACUAACGGCGUACUCGACUUUGACCCCCCCGCUAAGGUCCACCCUCUUCUCCCUGCAGAUGGGGGAGCAGCUCUCACCCCAGUUCUCCCCCACCUCGCUCACACACGUAACACGAUCUCUGCCAGCACUGUGGGUCAGCAGCCAGCCUCGGACGAUGGGGCCAAACCCAGAGGUCUCCUGACCACUGAGCUCUGAUGGAGAAAUGAGGAGGAGCCAUCACAACAUUCAAAUCCCUGAUCGCUUCCCCACCUCACCCCCUCACCCAUCCACACACAAGCAAGCUGGGCCAGGUGUGCUGAACACUGAGGGCUAAGCGGAAAGUGGAACCAGGGAAGAGGCAGCUUACAAACACCACAAACUUAAUUUCACCAACACUGACACUGAGUGAACAAACUAAACUAAGUACACUGGAAAAUAUUAGAAACAUGAUUACAGUUUUUCACGAUAACAUGACACAAAGCCUAGUUUUUGUAGAACAGUUAAAACAAACCUUUAGCUCCAGUAUUGCCAUCUUAAGAACACCUAACUUGUGAACCUCCGGUGUGAGUUCACGAUCAGUGACCUGCAAUUUACUUAAUCCAUCCAGUCGACCACACCUCAGUCUCUCAUAACACCUAGCACCAUCUCCUUGUAGAUGACAAGUGAUGAAAAGUCUUGUUAUUCAACUUGUUUGCUACAAAGGGCAAAUUGGGACUGACACAAGAGAAUGGCAUGACACUGUAAGGUACGUUGCGUAAAAGCAUAAGGCUUACGACUCCAGGAGUAGGUUGUCUCUUUUAGUGCUGCUUUCCUCCCCCAUUUUUGAAUCUUGCUGUUUUAUCACUGGUUAUUCACACCACUGGAUCUUUGCUACUCUGAGCUUUUGUGUACACGCACAGAUCACACAGCAUGUAGAGCUGCUGAGGUACACUGGAUGAAGGACUAAAAAGAAAAACCUAUAAAAAAGAAAGAUGUUGAUUCUAAGAGAUAAAAUGCCCUGGACUCUUAACAUGAUGAAACGUGAAUAUGAUACUGUACUGUCCUUGUAGCACACUACAAUUUUUUUUUUUUUUUUUUUUUAAACCUAGCCGCUACGACAUGUCAAAGGUGUCUGUUGGCAGCCACUGGAUAUGUAAACUUUACUGGAUUAGUUUUUAUAAACGCUGGACCUUAAAAUCUUUAAUUUUAAAUCUUCGCCUACGUCAAUCUUUAAUUUUAAAUCUUCGCCUACGUCAAUCUUUAAUUUUUGUUGUUGUUGCAAUGGAUGACAAUAGAGGUGACUACACUGGUUUUUCAACCGAUGUUUUUAUUAUCCUGCUCUUACUUUUUUGAUGUUUUAAUAUUUUGAGAGAAAGAUGACUACACAAUGAUGAAGUUGAAGUUUUACCAUUUUGUCUAAAAUGUGUCCCUCUAUGUUUUUAUUUGAAAGCACUGCCUCUACCUGUGACAGUUUCUCAUUCACACUACUUUAAACUUCUACAGUAUAUUGGCUAGGUAAAUGCAAAAGGCGGCUCAAUUGCUGUUAAAACCUUUUAAGUUAACUAUGACCCCUGAAGGUGGACACCGUUUCCAGGGAUACAGGAUACUUAAAUACCAACAGGAUCAUUUUUUUAUUAAAAUGUUUUUGUUAUUAACAACCUGCACACAGUGCCGUUACAGGAAAAAGUCACUAAACACAUACCAACACAUUUGUAAAAAUUUAAAACAUCAAUUAACAUUAUUGUUACUAUUCUUAAAUUCACUACCUUGCAGGCCUACACAUUGUCAUUAUUGCUUUUAGUAUUUUAUUUUAUUUUUAAUUUGUUCAUGCUUCACUUGUUUAUGUUGCUGGAGAGAAUGCCGUAACAGACACAGGUUUAGGACCAGUUUAUUUUCUUUACCUUUGUUUCAUCUGUGCAGCCUUGGGCUGAAAAUCUCAUUGUUGAUCUGUCUUUUUUUUCUUCUUCUUCUUUUUUACAUACAUACAUACAUACAUACAUACAUACAUACAUACAUACAUACAUACAUACAUACAUACAUAUAGCUUCAGUAUUUUCAAUACUAUCAUAUGUAUAAUUUACAGAGAUUGUAUCGUUUUGAACACGUAUCAAAGUAUCAACACUUUUGACAACCUUUUUAUUACCUAACUGGAUAUCUGAAUUCAUUUUAGACAGUAGACUGACCUUGUUAUACAGUAGAACAGGGCUCCUGGUAUUAACAUGCUGCAGCUACUACCCUGCCUUAUAGAAAUGAAUGUAUUCAAAUAGUCUCAUCUGAGAAAGCUGGAGAUGCCACAGAAUAAAAAGGUGUACAAGUUGUUACAUUCUCAAUGGCUGUUAUAGUUUGUAACCAGAGGAAAACCUGUGAAAUAUCUUAAAAUCAGAUUUUGUACAUGUGAAAUUGAGGCCUAAUUCUACAUUUUUUUUUCCCAUCUCAUUACCCCAUCCAAUGUAAGUCUGGACCCUCAUUCAAGUUAUGUCUGUAGAUUUUUCAUUAUGAUGGUGAUUUCAUUCUUGAACAAGGGAAGCUGACUGUUUUACAAUGUCUUCUUAGCAGUGACAGUUAUUUAUGCUACUACUCAGUGUAAUUGUUCAAAAUAUUACAUGUUGUCCAAAAGUGUUGUAGCAUACAGUUAUGAUGUAUUGUCAGUGUAAUGGCAUCAGCUGGCUGUAGAUAUGAAGUAGAUUUAUAUAUAUUUUUUGAAAAUUAUGUUGGCAGUAUUGUUACUACACACUGAGAAGAUUUCUGCAUUGAGGUGUUUUCUAAUUACAAAAGAAGUAGGAAACUGACUGGAAAAAAACAGAUUGUGACCUCUCAAAUGCAAUUUUAUAUAAACUUAUUUUUUUCUGGAAUACCUGAUCAUGAUUCAGUAAAGCUUUGCUACAGUAGGA